CUGAGGACAUACUCACAGCAGCUGAUUACUGAUAAACAUCAAACAAGUACUUGGCUGCUGUACAAACACAGUGCCUGACAGUCUGGGAAUGUAUUUUUAAGCAGGAAGAGGUUAAAGAGUUAAGCGUUUAACUCAUGGAUUAUGGGCUGAUUGUCCUUGUCCUCACAGGAGCACUGGUUGAUGUUGCAUUUGCCCAAACCCGUCAGUACUACUUUGUGAACAAGCUACUGAACUGGGAUAAUUCUCAGAACUACUGCAGAUCUUUCUUAACUGACCUGGCCACCAUAGAAAACACAGAUGACGUCGAUGCCAUACUCAGCACUGCAUCAGACUACACAGGCAAGGCUUGGAUAGGUCUGUAUGAUGGUUUGAUAAACAGCUGGAGAUGGUCCCUGAAUGACAGCAGCUUCUAUGCUGAAGGAGAGACAGAGUUUAGAAACUGGCAUAAUGACAGUGACCAGCCCAAUAACCUUGGAGGACAACAGUACUGUGUAGAGCUUCUUAGUGGUUCAUACUUGGGGAAAUGGGGAGACACUAAGUGCAGCGAACAACGACACUUUGUGUGCUACAACGGUACAGUAAAUGGCAUAUCAUCCUUUAUAAAGGUCAACAGAUCUCUGAAUUGGACCGAUGCUCAGACAUUCUGCAGGGAGAAUUAUGUCGAUCUAGCCAGCAUACGAAAUCAGACAGAAAAUGACAUUAUCACAAACCUGGCAAAUGGGGAAUUUGUGUGGAUCGGUCUUCACCGGGAAAAAGUUUGGUCUGAUGGAAGCACCUCUCUAUUUCGACACUGGGCUGCCGGGCAACCAAACUCUGGCAACCUUACGUGUGUCACCACUUUGUUCAAUGACUCAGGACAGUGGUCAACUGAAAAAUGCUUCACGAGAUUGCCAUUCAUCUGUUACACAACACGUAAUGCAUUUUAUUUCUAUAUUCCACAUACUGUAUAGA